AUCAAAUGUUGGGUCGUCGCUAUCUUCAAAAUCCAUUUCCGGAUUUUGUCCCCGGCGAGGGACAGACAGCGGUCAGUGAUAAACAAAUCAAAAGUUUGAUUAAGCUGUACGUGGAGACCAUUUUGGAGAAAUAUGAUACGGUGGCAGACGAACGCGGCGACUUGUAUGUGGGAGAUGCUGGGGUAAGCUUAAUGUUCUGGAAGCUGUACAAAUCGGAACAUACGCGUCCGAUGUUCCCAGAUGCGUUGAAGCAGGCCGUCGCUUUUAUGAGCACUGCCAAGGAGAAAUGCAAGCCUUAUUUGAAGCGCUCCUCGGAGCGCUUCUCCUUCGUCUGUGGCAACGCUGGGAUAUAUGCCGUCUCCGCAGCCAUUUCGAUGGCAGUCGAAGACACUAAAACUAUGGCCAAUGAUCUGGCUGUCUUCAAGACGGGAAUGCCGGCCAGCUUGGAGAAAAUGCACACGAAAACUGGCUGCGACGGAUUUAUGGUGGGACGGGCCGGCUAUCUAUCUGGCUGCUACUGGCUUAACAAGGUUCUCGGACAUAAGGUGAUCUCCGACGAUGACGUGAUCUCCAUUUGCCAGAUGAUCAUAGCCAGUGGCCGUGAGUACAGCAAGAUCCGAAAGAGCCCGUCGCCGCUGGCCUACCUGCAUCACGGCACCCAGUAUCUGGGAGCGGCGCAUGGCAUGUGCGGCAUUUUCCACAUGCUGCUCGAUAGUCCCUGGUUCCGGACCAUACCGAUCUCCGCCCCGAAAGAUGUAUUACUCGACAUUAAGAUCUCCAUUGACCUCUUCGUUGAACUUCAGGACAGCGUGGGAAACUUCCCGGUGUCCAUGGAGGACUUGCUCACGGGAAGGGAUCCAGAGCGGCGCCUGGUGCACUGGUGUCACGGCGCCCCAGGGGCAGUCUACAUGCUGGCCAAGGCCUACUUGAUCUUCAACGAGGAGAAGUACUUGAACGCCAUACGUCUGGCGUCCGAUCUUGUCUGGAACAGGGGAGUCUUGCGCAAGGGACCCGGUAUAUGUCACGGCGUGGCCAGCGGUGGCUAUGUCUUUCUGCUGCUCUUCCGUCUGACAAACGAGAUGAUGUACCACUACAGGGCUCUCAAGUUCAUGGAGCUGCUGAUCAACCCCAUCUUCCAGGGAGAGGCUCGUAUGCCCGAUCGUCCAUAUAGUCUUUUCGAGGGAGUGGCUGGCACUGUGUGCUUCCUGAUUGACCUCUUGGAUCCGGACCAGGCCUCAUUCCCCUUCAUGGAUGCGUUCCAUUAGGGUGUUCCAAAGGAGAGGCACCACGGCCCACUUGUCACUUGUCAAAUUUUACUCUUGUUUAGUUGCUUAUGUUAAAUUUACGUUCAAAAAUUUGGAGGGUUAUCUAUGCUCCACAGCCGCCACAAACUGACCGUUGACUCUGUUCUCUUUGGAUCCUCUACAUCUCUAAAACCUUGCAAGAUUCUGUAUGGUCUCUAAGCACUCAAAAAAGUAAUCAACGAAGUGCUUUUUGUUUUGGCGUUUGAUGUCUUUCAGUACUUGUAUUAGUGCAUUGGUCGCCAUAUAUAUAUAGCUUAUUCAAUCUAUCUAAGCCUUAAGUCAUAGAUACAACACCUUUUAAGUACCUUCAUUC